AAACGUCAUCUUGACAUGAAACAUUUGUGAUUUAUUUUUGUGGUGUUUAUCGCUUUGUUUUAAUUAAUGUAAAUUUAUUUAUUGAUAUUAUUUUAAAUUGCAGUUUAUAUCUCGAAUCACAUAUGAUGACAUCGUUCUUUAGAUUCUUAGGAUGGUUUGGUCUAGUAUCAAUCAUAACCAUUGCUCUACUUGGUUUCGAAGUGUAUCUUACUUUGCUUAUAUUUUUAGUUUCUUUCCUAUUUGGUGCUUUGACAAUUUUAUAUUUGAGCUAUGAUAACAAGAAAGUAUUCUCUGCUGAUAUUGAUUGUUUGGAUGAUCCAUUACAACAAACAAACUUCUCCAUACAAUCUUCUAAGGUUAUGAAAGUAUUCCAGGAUGAAAAACCUUUGCCAAAAUUUGAUAGUCGAAUUACAGGAAGUGAAACUGUCGACUCAUUUCUAAAUGAAAUUGUAUCAAUUAUAGUUAAUGAUUACGUAACUCCUUGGUAUGAACUAAUUACUGAUGAUCAAGAAUUCACAUCAUAUGGAAUAAGAAAGCUUGUAGUGGCCGCGGGAGCAAAUGUAUCCAAUCGAGUGAAAAGCGUGGAUUGGAUUCAUAUGCUGUCUACAAGAUUUCCUGAAGAGUUAACUUUGCACUUAAAAUUAUAUAAGCAAUCAAGAGUGAGGUUGAAACAUGUACAAUUGGUGAAUGCCAAAGAGGUCAAUGGGACCUCAAAGCCGAGCCCCAAGAAACAGGAAGAGAAGAAAACUCAUAGAAGGAACAAAAGUGAAACUGAUUUGUCAUGGCCACCAGAUACACAAACUUUUGGCAAGUCUAAAUUCUACAGCAGUUCUGAGAACAUAAGUAGCAACAACAUUACGGAUCUCUUUUUUGAUUUGGAGUGUUCAAUAGAAAACAAGCAAAUAUGUCGGGAUGUAUAUUGUAGUGAUCCUGAGAAAGAAAAUGCAUUGCUCUGUGAAGUGUCUGAAGCGAUAUUAUACUUAAUAGCACCAGAGGAGGCAUGGAAGUGUCAUGCUUUAAAAUUAAUUUUAAUAGAUUUGAUAUCAGCAAUUGUUUUGAGGCCAUUAAUAAACCUUUUAAGUGAUCCCGAUAAUAUAAAUAGAACCAUUAUAAGAUCUUGUUGUCGAGAUUCCUGUUUGUCUUCGGAAUUAUUUCUUUUGGUUAUAAGAUCGUGCAGCGAUGCCGAAGAGUUGGACGCUACAUUUGAAUUGGUUCAGAAGGAUAUACAGAAAUUGCAUUCAAGAGACAGUGCCGGGGAAUGGGAUUUACAAGAUCGUCAAAAGUUAUCAUCUUUGCAGUAUGUGUCUAGAAUCAUUCAAGCCAGGAGAGCUACACUUGGACCUCAAGAAGGUGCUUCAAACAACAGCAGCACAGAAAAAAUAUCAGAGGAAGUAAUGAGAACACUGAAGUUUUUAAGGGCCGUCGCUGCCUGGAAAUCGAACGCACAAUAUCUGCUCGAGAUUGAGUUAAAUGAAGCAGACGCGCCGUCGACGUCGAAGGCGGUGAUCGACAACCUGCGCUCGUCGGCGCUGGAGCUGGCGGACGCGCACCUGUCGGCGGGCCGCGCCGCCGUGCUGGGCGCGGCGCCGCACUGCCACGCCGACCUCGUGCGCAAGAUCACCACGCACGGGGAGGACUUCUGCGCCAACCCCGUCGUCUGCUUCGACGACCUGCAGAAGGCCGUGUGCGAUGCCCUGGAGGACGAUCCUUCUUGGCAGGCGGAUUUCAUGUUGGAUAGUGAUAAAGAUAUACCAAAUAAAAUGAAUAGUGAUUAUGGUCGAGAGAACAAGAUGGAUAAUCUCAAAUACGGCGACAAGUGCAAGAAAAUAAUGAAGACAUGUCUCAGCCAGUUGCCAAAAUUAUUUAACAAAACGAAGUAUAAAUAUAAUAUUUCAAACAAGUCCUCCACCUUUCCCCGCUCCUUGACCCGAAGAGUUCCAAGUAACAGGAAUCAUACGAUACCCAAAUGUACUUGCGAUGUAGUCACACCAGUGACUGGAGCGAGACACAAUCGAUCACGGUCAGAUAUUGUUGGCAGCUUCGCGCAGAGAAUGGUCAACGAGUGUGCGGGUCCCUCAAAUCUAAAGUCAACGAACACAAGCAACCUGUCUUUGUCGCAUUCGGCGAUAAGUCAGAGCGCAAAAAAUAUGAUGUCGCCUUUGUCGGCUUAUAUAAUUGAAACAGCUCUCGUUCAAGAUAAAGGUAGAACUUUUGGGAUAUACGCGAUUGCAGUGACUCGAGCGUCCGAUAAUGAAGUCUGGCAUAUAUACAGACGAUACAGCGACUUUUAUGACUUACACGCUUCUAUCAAAGAGAAGUGGCCGGAACUAGCCCAUCUACCGUUUCCGGCUAAGAAGACAUUUCAAAAUACAUCUCGAAGUGUUUUAGAGAACCGGAAACGUAUGCUUAACAGCUAUUUACAGAGUUUGACGAGUAUUUCGAGGGACGCCAGGUAUAUGGCGCUUCUGUCGUCGCAGUAUUUGGGGGGUUUCCUUAGUCCGGAGAUACAGACCGAGAGACAUGGUAAUUCGAUCGAUGCCCUUUUAGUGAAUUCAAUAAAGGCUGGUAUGAGAACUCUGAAGAGUAUGCCUGAUCAAUUCGCUAAUACCGUGGACGGUGUAAUGGACGGUAUAUCAAAAGUGUUUCAAGGAAAAAGUGGCGAAAGCUAUGACGACAUUAGGUCUGCAACCUCAAACGACGUGCAAGAUCAAGAUAGCGACGAAAGCGUUCCUUUACGAUUGUUGGAGGAAGUUUUGGGUAUACGAGGUUUGUGGCUGCGACGGCGUCUUCUAGCGCCACUGAGGACUAUCAUCGCGGAUCGAGUUAAUAGAAAAGUUUUAGAAUUUGUGUCGUCAUUGACGUCUCCAAGGAAUGUAGUUCAGUAUUUGAAAACGUUUAAACAAUGGCUAACGAACCGAGACAACCCGAGCGCGGUAUCAAGAGAUACCGCCACAAAGGCCAGGACGAGGGUAGCUGCUAAAAUUGCUUUGUUGUCUGCCGCUUCAGACGAUCUCAGACACAUAGUGGGGACUGAUGCAGCUCGUAGAGGUCUCCUUACAGUUUUUGAUAUGUUCCAAACUCAAGAAAUAAAUAGACGAUUACUCUUCGUUUUACUUGAAGUUACAUUGUGUAAUUUGUUUCCGGACAAUAACAUACAGGAGAUGUUCAAGAAAUUAUAUUCGAACUCACCCCGAGUGGCCAUCGUAAAGAAAUCUGUUAAUAUAUAAUACAAAUAUUAUUAAUAAUUUAGAUAAUUGUCAAUUCUUUAAAAUUUUGACCAAUUUUACAAGUCAAAUGUGUUCUGGUAGGUACUUACCUAUGUAGUAUUAUUUUUAUAAGUUUAUCAUAACACCGUGGAGAUAUCCUUAAAGGAGUAUCAUAUAGAUGUUGAAAAUAUAAAGACGCAAUUUUAAAGCUUAACAGCUUUGAAAUAGAGCAUGUUUCAGCUUGGAAAAUUAUAUAAUAUGUCAUUUGAUUUUUAGCUAGUUUAAUAUUGAAAUACUUGUUGUGAUAUUUUGUACCUAAAUAUAAUGUUUAUAAAUCUUGUGUGCUAUAUCAUUAACUAAUUCACAGUCGUGGGUCUUGAGCGUUGGAGUAACGCACUUUGACCUUGAACUGAGAAAAUUUUGUGAAUCAUCAAAGCCAAAAAUAGUAUUUAUGCUAUUAUUUUUGGCUGUUUCUAAUUUAAUAAAAAGAUAUAAAGAUUAUUAUAUAUUUAGUUAAUGAAUAUUGGAUUCGAAUUGAGAUGGCGAUUAAAUUAA